UGAAUUAUUUAGUUAGUAUGUGUAGUUAGCAGAGUAGAGCAGUAGUUAAUAUUACUAAAAUUAACUUUAGGCUAAAUAAAUUUUGCUGUAUCGAUUGGUAAACAGCGAUCUGUUUAGCGUAGUUUGACUUUCUAUAUAAUUUCUUUUUUAUUCGAAUAAAAUAAUUUUCAGCAAAAAUUCAUGUAAUCACAUAUUCUUGUUCAUUUUUGCUAAAUAAUAAUAAUAAAUAUUCGUGUAAUAACUGGCUAUAAUAGUUAUAUUUUAUACGCCGCCACUUCUAUUCUGGGAUGAUAACAGCUGAACAAGGUCUUCGUAUUAUUUUCAAUUUCCGUCUUGCGAUAUCAGUCGAGCGUAUUUUUUUUUUCUUUUAAUUAAAUUUUUAUUACUAAUCAAUUGACCGCGAUGAUAAAGUCUUUUUCCUUAUUCGGAACGAAUUUGAAAUUUUUUACGUAAAUUUGAAAAAGAAUGAAACCGAAACAAAAACUACGCUUCCGUCUCCUGACACGUCACUCUAUACGUCAUCCAAUAAUUCCAAGCCAAAAUUUUUCAGCGCCACUUCGCGUUGUGUAGCGUACGGAUUACAUCAUUCUUUUAGAGCGACCAAUCAGAAGAGGUAGGUGUGGCUUUCGUUGAGUAAUCGUGCCGGGUUUCCCACCCUUAGGGUAUUUCAGCGGAUGGUUAUUAAUUCUGCGGUUAUAAUUCGCCGGGCAGAUGGCUAUAUAAGAUGAAAGUAUCCUCACCACCUUCCAAUUCAGUACGGAUUUCCAACAGUCAGCUAAAAGAACAAUUGUCCGACGAUAAGAAAUCAACAGGUGUGGAGGAUCGUAUAGUGUUUUAUGAAGUUUCGAAAGAUCGGACGAACAUCGAAAUAAUAACUGUGAGUGCUGCGAAGGAAGAUCGAAAGGAGCAUUCGACCAAGUUUGUGUUCUACUUUAUCAAGACUUUGCUCAUAAUGUUUGCCUUCACGCAAGCUCUUAUAUUGAUUGCAGUUUUGAUUUUGGCAAUUCAAGCUAGACCGGAGGUGAAAAUACUUGAAAAAUCAGAAACUAUGACUGAGGUGGAUAUUAAAGAACUGGCUCGCAUGGCUAGAAAUUAUGAUCGUUUGGUCAAUAAAGAGGGAAAGUGUUCGAAACCUGUAGCUAAAUUAAUACCGGUUAGCCAGUCACCAGACAAAAUAUAUAAACCUCAUUGUGCUAUAUUGCAUAGGUGUUCGAACGAUACUGGAUGCUGUCACAGCGAUAAGAAGAUUUGCACGGCGGCGAAGACAGAGAACGUCACUCUACCUUUCAAGGUCAGAGAGCUGUUGAAAACUGGCAACUACAGCGAGAGGCUUGUUUUGCUCCCUUUCGUUAAUCAUACGAAGUGCGCGUGUAAAAGUUUAUUCUCCGAUCCAAUUUCCUAAAUUCACUGUUAUAAUUAUUUAUUAAAAGUCAGCAAUUGUAAAUACAGCUAAAAGUCUGGAUGUGCCAUAUUUAUUAAUUUAAUUUAUUAAUGUUUGUAUUGAAUUUGUAAUAAAAUAUUUGCAUUUUCUA